AUGAAGCGAAUGAAUAGCGAAUUAUCGAAAUAUAUUCAUCAUCAAGGUCGUGCGAUAUUCAUAUAUUCGUAUGGGAGUGAUAUCUAUCCACUGAUAUACGAUAUACAUAGUAUAAAGUACGCGUGCGCAUUUCUGGUUGAUAAUUUUCUCUUAAAACAGCCAUAUGAUGAUGACCACCGUUUUGGUAUGGUGGGGGCUGGUACGACGGGUACGCGUUUUGAACGCGUAACAAAGGAUCUGGUAUUGCCUCUAGCAUCGUUCACACCUUCGAUCUACCCCGUCGAUGUUGUGAUUGAAUGA